AUGAGCACCCAGCCCCCACGUGCACUACUGGAACUGGCAAUUGAGAGCUUGAUGAGGAAUGAGGUCUUGGCCAUAGAGGCUGUGGAAUAUUUGCCAGGGGAGCUCUUUCCACGAGUGUUCAUGGAGGCCUUCAUCAGGGGACACACAGAGGUCUUGAAGGCCAUGGUGCUGUCCUGGCCUUUUCCCUCCCUGCCCCUUGGAGCCCUGAUGAGCAUAAGGGAACCAGAGACCUUGGAGCCUAAGGAGGAUGUUGUGCGGGUGAACAAAAUGAUGCUACAAACUGUGCUGGACGGGCUAGAUGUGCUGCUGAAUCAGAAAGUUUCCUCCAGCAGGAUGAAACUGCAAGUUCUAGAUAUGCGGAUCAUACACCAGAACUUCUGGAGAGUCUGGGCUGGAAAUGAGUUGGAAGCCUGCUCCUCAAAAGCCAUGAGGAGGACAAGACGAGAGAAGACUGGGACACGGGAAACAAACAAGAUCCUCAGUGUCCUUUUGGAUCUGUGGCUCAGUCAGGAGUAUCAGUGUCCAGUGGCAUCCUACCUCAUCAAGUGGGUCCAGGAGAGGAAAGACCUGGUGCAGCUGGAAUGUAAGAAGCUGUGUAUUACCACCAUGUGCUUUCCCUUGUACAUAGAGUUACUAGAAAUGCUCAACCUUGACUUUGUACAGGAGUUGGAUUUGGGUUACUGCUGGUCACUUUUUAUCCUUUCUGAUUUUGCCCCUUUUCUGGGCCAGAUGCAAAAUCUUCACAAAAUAACUCUCUCUGGCAUUUCUGAGCCGGCUUUCAUUGCCCUGGAGAAGAAAAAGCUGUUGAUCACCAGAAUCACCUCUCAGUUUCUUAAGUUUCACUGUUUGAAAGAGAUUCAUAUGGACUGUGUCUCCUUCCUUGAAGGCCACUUGGACCAGGUACUCAGGUGUCUGGUGUCCCCAUUGGAGACCCUCUCAGUAACACACUGGCAGUUCUCACACUCUGACUGGAACCAUCUGUCGUGCUCUGAGCAGAUCAGACAGCUAAAACAGCUGGAUCUGAGUUGUAUCAACCUGAGCGAUUUCAGUCCUGAGCCUCUCCGAAUUCUGCUGGAUAACGUUUCAGCCACACUGACCACCCUGUAUUUGGAAAACUGUAGGAUCACGGAUGCACAGGUCUGCGCCUUUCUGCCUUCCCUGAGCAGCUGCUCUCAGCUCACUGCCUUCUGCUUUGUAAGGAAUUUCAUGUCCGUAGACACCAUGAAGAACCUGCUGAGCCACACGGCCAGGCUGAGCAACUUAGCCCUGGAGCUGUACUCUCCUCCUCGGGAGGUUCAUGUUCCCAGGAAUGCUCCUGAGAAGCACACUUCCACCUCAUUUUUAGCCCAGAUUGCCCAGAAGUUUCGGUGA